CUCAUCAUCAAAAGAACGUUGUGUAUUCAUAGAGUGGACGUUCGCGUACAGAACCGGACGAAUCGGUGUUCACAAUUUGAAGGGCAUAGGCUACCAAUCAGUCCAAGACACGUCGGUUUAAUCGACGCAGCAUUUGCAUUCGCCGUGAAAGGGUUGUUUUAUCAUUCAGAAGCUAAUAAGCGCAACGGGUGAAUAUGAAUGUACGCCUCGUUUGUUUAUUAAAUGUAUCUUCCUCCGGUGAACCUGAAAACUCGAAGCACUUCACUUGGCAGCGUACCUGUCCUCCACUCUGACAUCGCCAGUGUGGAACGCGCUUGGAUGCCGAUAGUUAUAUUUGAAGAACAGGCUGGUCUGAUAUUAUAAAAGUAUCGUAACAGGGAAAAGCUAUUUAAACCUCAUCCUCUGACAAACCUUAAACACAAUAAUAGCCCAGAACUAUUCAUCCUCAGGAGAGGUAGGCGCCGAACAAGCAUCAGACUAUACUCAACUAACCAAGUCUUCGUUCGGCGUCUGACAACAUUUCAUCUCAAAUCUUUACUGAACAGUGAGUUUGUGGGAGAUGGAUCCAGACAAUCAGAGCCAAAGCCAGCCCCAGCCUGAGAACCCAUCUGGACUAGCAGAGGUUUUAACCCCCACUCCAGCAGUAGUUCCAGGCACAGAAGCCCCAGCCUCCGACCCUUCUGCCUCUGCUCCUGCUCCUCAACUGUCAGUCCCAGUGCGGCCUCGACGGCCUCAGAGGACCCCCAGAAUAGAGGGCUCUGUGGACGUAUGUGAUCCCAAACCUGACCCUCCAGAGGCCAACCAGGACCGAUCCACCACUCAUGAUGCUCCAGCUGGGGCCAGCCAUCCUAAGCCCCUGCAGCCUGAAGCUUCCAAGCCCCAUGGGGGGCAUGGGGGGGCCACUGAAACCACUCUUAAGGCUGGCCCUAAAGUCCCAGGCCACCCCCCAGGGGCCAGGAGCCCCAUCUCAAUGAGGGCAGCCUCAGUUCCCCAGCCACCGUCCUCCAGGCCUAUACCUCCCCAUCUCAACCCUCAUGCCCAGAGGGCCUUCUCUGUGGUGGGCACCGCGGACACACAGUCUCAGGUGGUGGAAGACUUCAGGGUGCACCUAGUCACAUGGAAUGUGGGCGGUGCCAUGCCGCCAGAUGACAUCACUGCUCUGCUGGGGUUGCACAUUGGAGAUGGAAACACAGACAUGUAUAUAAUUGGGCUACAGGAAGUCAACUCAAUGAUCAACAAAAGGCUGAAAGACGUUCUCUUCACAGACCAAUGGAGUGACGCCUGCAUGGAGAGACUCAGCCCCUUCGGAUACAUACUGGUGACGUCCCAGCGGAUGCAGGGGGUGUUGCUGCUGGUCUUCGCUAAGUACUACCACCUCCCCUUCCUCCGAGGGGUGCAGACAGAGACCACCCGCACCGGCCUGGGGGGCUACUGGGGUAAUAAAGGGGGUGUGAGUGCGCGCAUGUCUGUGUUCGGUCACACCAUCUGUUUCCUGAACUGCCACCUGCCGGCCCACAUGGAGAACUCUGAGCAGCGCAUGGAGGACUUUGAGAGCAUCCUGCAGCAGCAGCAGUUUGAAGGCCAGGCUGCCACAGGGGUGCUGGACCACGAUGUGGUGUUCUGGUUUGGAGAUCUGAAUUUCCGCAUUGAUGAACUGGAAAUUCCGGCUGUGAAAGCAGCCAUUGAUAACAACAAACUCACCAUGCUAUGGGAGAAAGACCAGCUGAACAUGGCCAAAGACAGCGAGUCAGUGCUGGAGGGAUUUCUGGAGGGUCCUCUCAAAUUCCCCCCCACUUACAAGUUUGAUGUGGGGACAGAUACAUACGAUACAAGUGGGAAGAAGCGUAAGCCUGCGUGGACAGACAGGAUCCUGUGGCGUCUGAGGGCCACAGUUCCCUCUGGGCUGACCCCUAAUGCUGGGAAGAGAGGCUCUAUUUUAGGGCCGAGCAGCGGGACCAAGGUCACCCAGCACUUCUACCGCAGUCACAUGGAGUACAUGGUCAGCGACCACAAGCCUGUCUCUUCCAUCUUCACCCUCCAGUUCCCCUAUAAGGUGGACAUGCCCCUGGUGACGAUCAUGGUGGAGGAUGAGUGGAACAGCAUUGCAGAUGCCACGUGCACGUUCAAGGCUGCACCUAAUUUCUCUCGCAGCUCCUGGGACUGGAUUGGGCUGUACAAGGUGGGAUUCAAACACCAUAAGGACUAUGUAGGCUAUGUGUGGGCCAAGCAGGAGGAGGCAGAUUACCAUAGAGUAGAACACGAGGUGACCUUUACUGAGGAAGAGUUGCCCAAGGGCUCAGGAGACUUCAUCUUGUGUUACUAUAGCAAUAACACGAGCACCCUCGUGGGUGUGACAGAGCCUUUCCAGAUCCAGCUGCCCACCUCCAGCCCUGCUAGUAGCCCCUCUGACGACAGCUCUGAUUUCACCUCUGAGGACGACAGCGUGGUUGGUAUGAAGACCAUGUCCCGCAGCCCCAGCCCCCGGAAAAAGAAAAACAGAGCCCGACACAGCCAUAGGCGCAGUCCCAGCCACAGCCGUAGCCGCAGUGGCAGCCCUGCGCUGCCCAAAAUGAAGGGCCUCAAACUGCAGCCUGGAUCAGCCCACAACAUCACAGAUGGGGAGAAGGAGAAGGCCUCAUCUGAGGCUGGGGAUAGAGGGUUGUAAUAGAGCCCCUGUUAUUCUGCGCUCACAUGACCAACUCUGUGUGGUUUCUUAGUACAUGAUGCACUGUACUGUAUUAUAUGUUUCCUUUAUUGAAAAUGUACAUUUUCGGGUGCCAUUUGUUUCAGGACUGGGGUUAGGCUUCUCGUACUGGAAGACUACUUUGUCUUGUGUGAUUUUUCUUAAGCUGUUUUCAAAUGUAUGUCUCCCUGUAGAUUCUCUCAUUCCUCUCACACUCUCUCUCACACUCGGUCACUCUUCCCUCUCAGGUGUAGAAAAUACAGGGAGUUUUUGGCUGAUUUUAAGAGAACCUUACAGGGCAAAUCAUUACCAAAUCUCAGGCAGAGGGAAUUGGCCACCAAAAUGCAUAUUGCCAGUUGUUUCACAGAUAUUUUGAAGCAGCAUAAUAUUUACCCCUCUGUAUCAGCUCUGGGGGCUUAGUCAGCAGGUUAGCAUGUGUGACAGCAUGAACAAAUGAUGUCUUUUGAUGAGGUGAACAAUUAGUUUGACUCCCAAAGGGAACAUUCCUCGCAAAUAGUAAUAAUCCCUAUUUGCUUUAGCGCAAGUCCUGUCCUACAUGUUGAUACAGAAUUGUGUCUGCUGCUACAUAUAUUCUCUAAGGGACCUGGUCCACAAGUGAUUUUUUUAUGAGUUUUGGAUUUAAAAAAAAGUAGAAUCACCAGGAAUUCAUCAGAAAAGGAGUUUAAUUUAGUAAAUCUGUUCCAAAGUAUUCCCACAAAUAAAAAAAAAAGAGACAUGUGAUCGGGGUUUAAUGUAAUCAAGGUAUGAAAUGUAUGUUAUUUUAACAUUUAUUUUUGGACUUAGUUGUGGUCAAUUUGCAGUGUACAAAUGAUUAUUAUUAUGCUCCCGACCAUCCGAUCCGAUAAAAAUCAUCCAGUGGCAGAAUCGAGUUGCCUACCCCUGCCUUAGGAAGUGGGCCAAGGAGAUGAACAUAGAGAGCCAACCCUUAAGGAAAUGUGAUUCCAUUUGCAUCCACUGUGUUAGACAGAGUUCUAAAUGCUAGGUGUAGUAUACUACCAGUAUAUGAAUACCUGCCCUUAUUCAUGAACCCUUGUGAGUUGGCUUGAUUGCAUGGAUCUUCAAUGCCAUGAAGAAAAAAUAAGUUGAAACAUUUUCACCUUCAGGGUACCGGUGUUUCCAUUUCUCUUAUUUUCUUCCCUGCACUUCACCUCUCUUUUUCCCUCCUCUCUCUCGUGUCCCCUCUCUCCCUUUUCUCUAUUGGUGAUAGUGAUUAGCUGAAACUGUUCUGUCACUAGAAGUGAUGUGUUGGAUUGUUAACCUGUGACCUCCAAUUCAACACCCUAGACACUUUCUACCUAUGGGCUGUUAGCUUAGGACAGUGUGUGCUGUUGUACUGUAACCUCAUUGUGCGUGAUUUCAUGUAUGUAUGCCACUGUGUGUGUGUGUGUGUGUGUGUGUGUGUGUGUGUGUGUGUGUGUGUGUGUGUGUGUGUGUGUGUGUGUGUGUGUGUGUGUGUGUGUGUGUGUGUGUGUGUGUGUGUUUUGGGUUUACAAGAGUGAGUGUGUGAUUGUGUAUGACUGAUAGUGAUGUGUGUACGUGCUUGUAUGGUUUUCUGGACAUACUGUACAUUCCGGUACUGUGAUUUUGUGCCGUUAAAAGUGCUGUUUUUGACUUUUGACUGUUUGGAAAAAAUGUUAUGACGACAAUGUAAACACAAAAUGACAUGUUAGAUGUAGAUACAUAAGGAAAAUGAAAGGCUGACUCAGUUUGCUUGCAGAACAGCAAGAAAGACAAUUUCUUUCAUCCUAUUUAAACGAUACAAAAAUACACUGUAGACAGUCUGAAGCUCCUCCAAGGUAAAUGAUCAGUACUGCAUACGUACAAGUGGAAAUGGCUUUAUAUUGUUGUUAUCCAUUGAUUAUGUGUAUCAAUCAAUAUAACUUAAUUGAUCCAAAGUAUGGUUAUAGAAAAGGUGAUAAGGAAUGAUCUGAAAGUCUAAUUCAAUUGUCUUUUGCUAUUUUAGUCUUUGGAAAUGUCUCUCUCCCACACUGUAUGUGGAAUUUUAAAUAUAUGAAUAAGGAAUGUUAUUGAAAGAUUAUAACGUGUUUAAAACAGGUGAGAGUAGGCUAUGUACUGUAUGUAAAUGUCAAAUAUCAAAUAGAGAACAUAUGACAAUCAAUGCCAAAAAUUAUGCAUAUAUUUUCUUAUUUUAUUGUGUCAAAUGACAACCUGAAUUCUGCUGGCAGGUGUGGGAGGACAAUGUUAAUGCAAACGGGUUUAUAGUCAGUUCUAUUUAAUAUAUAGUGUAUACAUAUUUGUUUUUAUUUAUUUUAAUUUUAUAUUUAUUCAUGCACACAACAUAGUUUUAUGUGGAGGCAAAAAGAAACAACCUCUUGACUUUGUUUAUCUGUGAUGUCAGAUCAAAUGUCAUUUUUUAAAAUUGUAUUGUCUCUGCUAGCUUGUAUGUGAUUGGGAUUAAAACAACUGGAAAACAUUACAACAACA